GACAGAGUUUUGCCAUUUUGCCCAGGCUGGUCUCCAAUUCUUGGACUCAAGUGAUCCGCCUGCCUUGGUCUCCCAAAGUACUGAAAUUACAGGUGUGAGUCACCAUGCCCGGCCAGUACUGCAAACUUUCACUGCCUUUCAAACUUCCAUUGAUUCUCAAGCAGUGCAUCUCAACAUGUUAUAUGUAAAAAAAAAAAAAAAGACAAAACAAAAAAACUUUGCCCCCUCAAAAUUUGAUGUGCUAUACUGAAUAGAAAUAGUUUCUGAGGAGGUUUCUACUCUCACAGGCAGAACUGGCUACAUAUUUAGUAGAGCCCAGUGGAAAAGAAAUAUAUGGGGUCCCUUGUUAAGAAGUUAUGAAACAUUUUAAUUAAGAAUGUGACAGUAGAGCAUUAACUCAACUGUGUGAUCUUUUUGAGUGUGAAGCACUGUGAGACUACACAGUAGCAUACCAUGAAACCCGCCCUGCUCACAGGGUCAUAAUCCUGAAUCCAGCCUUGUUCCCGUGCAGCUAUCAUUUUGCAGACCUGCAUAAAGCUUUGUAGCAGAAAUACUCGUGACCUUUUAGUAAGUCUUUCCCAGAAACACUCUAGUAUCUCAACUGAGAGCAUUCUGAGGAAACAGGAAGCAGGACUUGGGAGGGAAACAAGGCUACCAGGCUACAGUCUAGAUGACGUGUACUAUGAAAAAGGAGAAGCAUAGACCAAUUUUUGUCUUAGCAGCCAGAGUGAGAUGGUAGUCAGGAAGUGGGACGAAGAAAGAGGAAGCUCUCGGGAACUCCCACCACCCCACAAAGGGGGAAUUACUCUUUUCUUCCAUCAGAAUGGUGGCAGAAACCUGUGAAAUACAUCCAUUUGUCUUUGUUUCUUGGAAGGGGUUCGUGUUAAUUUAUGUCUAAAAUUAACAAGCCUGGCAUUGGUUAUUCAAAUGCUUUUUGCCCUUUUAAAAAUAUAGACAAAAAUAAUGUUUUAACCUUUCUUCCUUCUAAAAGUAGAAAAGAAUUGCAUUACUGAAAAAUACCUGUUAUUAAUUCUUAGACUUUGUUGUGCACAAGGGUAUUGUCAUUCAAUUCUGUAGGCAGUCAAGAAUCAGAGUCGGUGCUUUUAGAAUCCAAGUACAUAGGCUUAAGCUCUGGUCCCUCCCGUUAUUGAUUCUGCAAUCUUGAGAAAGUUAAUUGACCUCUCUGAGCCUUAGCUUUUUAAUCUGCAAAAUGAGAAAAAUCUUAAAUAAUAACAACCUCAGAGGAUUACUAUAUGCAUUUGAUGCAUAAAGGUACUUAGUGUAAUACCUGCCUGCCACAUCACAAGAACUCAACAAAUUAUAGAUAUUUUUAUUUCAUGUAAAUGCACGUUUGUAUACAUAAAUAUUCAUACAUGUAUAAAUAUAUUUUACACAUGUAUAUAAAGUGUGUAAUAUAGACACAUAUGUAUGUAUAUAUGUAUGUGUAUAUAUACAUACAUAUAUUUUGAGUUUCUGAGUUUUUAAGCUGUCAGAUAUUGGUGAGGAGAAAUGCUUAGUUAGGAGGAUGCCUGUAACAGAGCUUCUUUUUGGGCUUCUGCCUGUCAUUGCUAACUCAAUAUUCAACUUACAUAGCAUUUAAAUUGAAUUACUGCUGCCUGCACAAUUAUGGGCUUUCUUAGUAUAAUCCCUAUGCUUCACAUCAAGAAGACUGAGUGUUUACUUGAAUCUAAACCUAAUAUAAUGCUUGGAAAAAGCCAGGUGUGCUUCCUGUCUGAAAUGGUGGUAAUGUACUUCCAGAUGUUUUUCAGAGCAUUGAUUGGGAUAUAUAAAUUGCCAUCUAUUAAGGUUAUUUUACUUAGCAUCUCUCUCCCUAAUCCCUAGAUAUCUGAUGUAUCUUUUAUGUGUUUCUUGAUUUUAAGCACAGAAAAUAAAAUGGAAAAUAACUUGAAGCUCUAGUAUCUUUUUGCUAGUACACCAACAUAGCAUAUAUCCAGGUUUCCCUUUAAAAUUCCAGUUUUAUAGUUCCCUCAAAGUUAUUGAAAACAGAGGUUUCGUUAUUAUAUUCUCAAUACAGAAUUCACUAAGAAAAUUAAUUUUAAAAAAGAAGAAAAGCAGAGGCAACUGUAUUCCCAAUAUAAGCAGUAUUUACCACUUCUUAUUGUGUAAAUAUGCAAAUAAAAUGAAAAUAAGGAAUGCUUCUCUGUUGCUUUGGUAGUGGAUAAAAUAAGUUCAACAGUGUCUUUCUAAGAAUCUAUUUGGUAAAUGUAUUUCCUGUGAAAUGAGUUACUUGUUUUUUGUCAUUCAAUUGCAAAACUGCAUGUGAAAAUAAAAUAAAUGUGAAUGUGAAAAUAAAAGUCUCACAAAAAUUCCUCUGCAUGAACAUCUCUGACUGGGAGGUUUGACUGAAUAAAUUAUUCCUGGGCUUUUGAAUUAUUAAUCUUGGCUGCAGGAUAUGCAAAUAGGAUAUGCAAACAGGACACUGUAAUAACCAUGUCCAGUGGCACAACACUGGGUCAGAAGCUAUAUCCAGCUGCUGGCAGAGUUCCUGUCAAGGGAUCAGGUCUUCCAACAGAAUGGUUAUGGUUUAACUCAGCAGAAUUUGUUGAACAACUACGACAUGCUGGGGAUCAUGGCAUGGAAUGCAACUUGCAAAAACUGGCUGGCAGCAGAGGCUGCCCUGGAAAAGUACUACCUUUCCAUUUUUUAUGGGAUUGAGUUCGUUGUGGGAGUCCUUGGAAAUACCAUUGUUGUUUACGGCUACAUCUUCUCUCUGAAGAACUGGAACAGCAGUAAUAUUUAUCUCUUUAACCUCUCUAUCUCUGACUUAGCUUUUCUGUGCACCCUCCCCAUGCUGAUAAGGAGUUAUGCCAAAGGAAACUGGAUAUAUGGAGACGUGCUCUGCAUAAGCAACCGAUAUGUGCUUCAUGCCAACCUCUAUACCAGCAUUCUCUUUCUCACUUUUAUCAGCAUAGAUCGAUACUUGAUAAUUAAGUAUCCUUUCCGAGAACACCUUCUGCAAAAGAAAGAGUUUACUAUUUUAAUCUCCUUGGCCAUUUGGGUUUUAGUAACCUUAGAGUUACUACCCAUACUUCCCCUUAUAAAUCCUGUUAUAACUGACAAUGGCACCACCUGUAAUGAUUUUGCAAGUUCUGGAGACCCCAACUACAACCUCAUUUACAGCAUGUGUCUAACACUGUUGGGGUUCCUUAUUCCUCUUUUUGUGAUGUGUUUCUUUUAUUACAAGAUUGCUCUCUUCCUAAAGCAGAGGAAUAGGCAGGUUGCUACUGCUCUGCCCCUUGAAAAGCCUCUCAACUUGGUCAUCAUGGCAGUGGUAAUCUUCUCUGUGCUUUUCACACCCUAUCAUGUCAUGCGGAAUGUGAGGAUCGCUUCACGCCUGGGGAGUUGGAAGCAGUAUCAAUGCACUCAGGUCGUCAUCAACUCCUUUUACAUUGUGACACGCCCUUUGGCCUUUCUGAACAGUGUCAUCAACCCUGUCUUCUAUUUUCUUUUGGGAGAUCACUUCAGGGACAUGCUGAUGAAUCAACUGAGACACAACUUCAAAUCCCUUACAUCCUUUAGCAGAUGAGCUCAUCAACUCCUACUUUCAUUCAGAGAAAAGUGAGGGGCUUGUGAAACAGAUUGUUCUACAGAUGAAUCUGUAAGCCAGUUACAGUUUGCUUUAACUCGUAGACAUCAAUCAGAGAGUGUCACAUAUUUAACCUUGAUCUAAAGACAAGUUGUACCCAGAGUAUGUGAAAAGAAUCGGACGACAAGAAUGUACUGGUUUCUUCCUCUAAGAAUUGAAAGGAGUUGAGCUGCCUUAUGUUUGGGCAUGUAACUCCAAAAUACUAGGUAUUAUAAGGCUUUCUCAAUCAGUGCAAAAAUGGAAGAUAUAUAAAGCAACAAGUUGUCUGCAUUUGAUCAUUGGUCAGAUUGUAAAAAAAAAAAAAAUUGUUUUGGCAACAUUCUCUAUGUUAUUCUUAUUCACAUGAUCCUAGAACUUUAUGUGAGAACCGAAUAGCAGAAGAUAUAUUAUUAAAUAGUUUUUAGAAGUUGUGCUGUUAAGCAAAUGUAAAGUCAACAGUAACAAUGAUUAAGAAAGGAAUAUAAUGAGUUCAAAGAUAUCUAUCUGAUAUAUUUUUUAUAUUCAUCAUGAAUCGGGGUAGUCUUGUAAUUUAUCUAACCUUUUUGUUGUAUGGGUUUAUAGUGGAAAGAAUCUUAAUUUAAAUAAAAAGAACCUAAAGAGAUAAUUCAACAAAAGUAGAGAAUAUGUUUGAGCUUGUCAGAGAAUUUAAGUAUCAAAAUACUAGAGAGAUACACCAAGGAUAUUUGAAUAAAAAAAAAAUUUGUAGAACACAAAAUGCCUAUCAGGAAACCCAAAGCAAAACAGAACAAAAAGUGAAUACAUCAUUUUAAAUGAUGAUUUUGCCAUCUGGUAUUUUAUUAUCAUAAUUUGACCAUCAGUGCAUGAAAAUAUAUUAAAGUUCAUUAGCCUUCUGCUCUUGAUUUAAUAGUGAACUUUAAAAUAUAUUAAUAUCAUAAACCAGCAAAUAAGGAGAAAUAAACUGAUAAUACUAGAUUCAUUGGGAUAGUUUUCCCUUUUGGAGGGAAAGUCACAAUUUUUCUCCAUGAUCCCCCAUUUUUUGUAAACACUGGAAUAAUUUACAAGGAUAACUUUUUUGUAGCGAGAGCAAAUCACAUCUGGAGUGAGCCUUGUUUUCAUGCAACAUUACCAUAAGACCACUGGAGUAAAUGUUUCAAACAAAAUGUACUUCAUGAAAUUAUAGAACAUAAAAAUAUUUAUGUGCAUAUUAACCUGUAUUAUCCCAGGAGGGUUAAUGAGGCCCCAUUUCCUGCACAAAACAAAUGUAGGGGAAAAAAUGGGUGCUGCAUUAGCUUUUUAAAGUCAAACAACUAUCACAUAAUAAUUCCUUGAUAUGCAACAUAAAGUACCUAUGGCCACAUAUCUAAGUUCCUUUCCCUGAUGUCAUUAGCUAUAAGGAGUGAGUAAUGUGAAGGACAAAAUAAGCAUUAUGAAUACAGAGACAUAAAAUUCCACUGUCCCUUCCUUUUCUGAAAUACUCUGGGAGGUAUUCUGAUAUUUUUAAAUCCCCCAAUUUUCCCAGUUGAUAUCUCUAGACUUUAAGCAACUGAAAUAUUAUAAAAAUGCAUUAGUCACAAAAGAUUUAUUUUCUUACAUCACACUAGGCUUUAAGAUAUUUUCUGCCAUGCCUUGCCUUUAGUAUCAAUAUUUUAAAAAUUUCACUGUAAUUUUAUAACUGCCUAAUAACAAACUGAAAACAGAACUUCUGAGUUUCCUUAUCAGAAAGGGCCACAGAAAAGGCCUUAGGAAAGAAAGAUUCACUUACUUCUGCAAACUUGGCAAUCCGUAAUUUAACUUUAAUUUGUAUUUUAUGCAUGAAUUUUACUUGUAAAGACAAAAUUAAAUUUGCUUCCCCUACAUCCCAACUCCAAGAAGUCACAGGAAUAGACUCUUUCUAAUAGUGCAGUGAAAUAUUUUUUCAAACCAUAAACUCACAUAUAUAUAUAUAUACCUUGUAAACAAGAGGUUAAGAAAUUUUAUAGCACAUUUUAAAAUUAUUUUCUUCCUCAAAUCUAUCAUGUGGUAACUUAAUCUUUAACAGACUUUAGGGCCCUAAACUAAAAUUAUAAGAGCUAUUUCAUUUGCUUUUUGUACUGGGUAACUGUAACAAUCACAAACAAUAAAUCAUGAAAAUCCUUUCUGGGUUUGUGGUUUCUAAAGGAAAUAAUAUUGAACUUUUGUAUUUUGUCUUUUAAUUGGCUCCCUGGUAUCUUCAGAAUGAUGUCUAGAUUCUUCAGUCUGGACCCACCUACUCUUCUCACAUUAUCUCCCAUCACUGUUGUCACAAACCAUACCCUAUAGCUAAAGAUUGCUACUUUAGUUUAUUACAUUCAGAACUUUCUUCACUUUGUUCACCUGUUGCCCAUCUUUGUUCUAUCAUACCUGAAUGGUAUAAUAAUUCUAAACAACUUUCAAGGUUCAUCUCAUCUGUCAUUCUUUGUUGAAGCUUGCCCUUAUAUCCUCUCUUCCCCAAAUCUAAAAGUAAAACUUUCUACCACUGGGGCUUCAGAUACUUUUAAUACUACUUAUUUGAAUUUCAUUAUUUUUAUUAUAGUUUAUUAUUGUCUUCAUAGCUGAGUACUCUUAAAAUUACUGUUUAUUAUAAGUGAAUGUCUUACAGAACAAACUCAAAGUCAAUGCUUCUUUUGCAUGUGAAUAAUCAAGCUUUUUUUUGUCAUCAUUACUUUAAUAAGUAACAUUAUUUUAUAUGAAGAAUAGAGUGUAUAUACAUAAACCCAUGUGCCAGCUGCCAUUGCACUGCCUCACAUUUUCCUUUAGAUGUUUGAGCAUAGUUUUAAUGACUGUUUGAAAUCUCUGUCUCCCUAGUUCCAAAUAUGGGUCAUCUUGGAGUUGGUCUUCAUUGGUGCCUUUUCUCUUAAGUAUGGGUCAUAAUUUUCCUGUUUCUCUAUAUGUCUAGUAAAUUAGAAUUUUAUUCUAGAUGAUGAAUAAUGUGUGGCAGAGAUUCUGGAUUCUGUUACAUUCCAUCAAAGAGUAUUGAUAUUUUGUAUAUACAUUUACAAAUGUACAUGUACACGAUAAUAAAAAUAAUUUUUUUCUGA